ACUGUUGCCACUAUAUUAAUGUAAUAUGUUAUAAAGGUUUCUAAUGUUUAUUUUGUAUUUGUAUAUAUCAUUGUUGUAAUUAGAGAUAAGACUUUUAUUUUGAAGCCUCCACUGAGCUGCAUGUUUGAGAAGAACCUUCUAGAAGAAACACGGAGAAGUAACACGAGGAAGACACACGGAGAAGCAGGCAGAUGCAGUUACGCGCAUGUCUAAGAGUUUAAGUAAGAAAAGAUAAGAAGAUUCCUUUUCAAGAGCAUGCAGCCAACGAGUUUUCACGGUUUGAUUUGAAGAACAAGACUUCAUUAAAGACCCGUGGAGGAAACCAUUUGCUGUCUGACUGUGCUUGGGAGGGAGUCACAGUGAAAACUCGGACUGUUCGUCGACGCAAGUGGGCGGAGCAGCAAGAAGUGUCAAGACUAGAGCUAAUCUCAACGUGGUGGCUACGGUGCUUGGAACGAUCGUGCAGAUGAGUCGAAAUCACGCACUUUCACACAGUUGAAGACGCACACACACACGCUGUUUGAGCAUUUGUUUGAAAGCAAAUCCAUAAGAAACUUGGACAUUAAUAAGAGUGGGCUAAGAAGAGGGCUUUGCUAAAGUUUGCUUAAAGGUUUAUGUGUGGGUUGAAGUACUGUUGUGUGAGUGAUGAAUGAAACUUAUUUGCUUAGCAUGUACAACUGAAUCUUGCCAUUUACUGUAUAGCCAGUUUUAAGAAGCUAAAGGCUUAAAGUUGUAGGCUACAUACUUUUUCGUUUUGAAUUUCUAAUAUAUUGAUUUAAAGUGUGUUUUGUUGUUAUACUAAGUGAAGGCUAUUUUUCAUUUGAUGUUUAAGUUCUCAAUAAGUGUUCCAAGGGAACCGAGAUUUAAUUUAUACAUUUUCUAAGUGCAUUUACUGCUAUUGAUUAUCAUAGCUUAUGAUAAUAUUUUCAGUUUAAAUAUUAAGACACUGCAGAUACACACAUUUAAUACAGAUUUAAGUAAGCUUUAGCAAUUCAUCCAGACAUUUAUUAUACUCUAGAGUUGUUUUAUUGACAUUUACAUGUAAGUUAGGAUAAGCUAUUCAAGACCCUUUGAUAAUGGCAGAGCCUAGUCAGUCUUUAACUCAGGUAAGGGACAAUGUUAGGGAUAGUGAAAAUGAGCUGGCUGAAGAUCAAGCUAGAGACACUGAAGCCCAACCAGAGGAAGUGCCUCAGACAAGACGCAGUGAACGGAUCCGUAAUCUUACAGAAAAAGGCAAAGAAAUGCAGGACAAGAAAAUUAAACCACUGCAACAAAGAUUUAACUACAUUUACCAAAAAUGGAGAACACAAGUUAAAUCAGCUAAGCAGGCAUUAUCACAAUCAUCAGAGCCAUUAGCAGACGGUCUGCUUCAUGAUAUCAUUGGCGACACCAGAGGCCUUUGUGCAGACGUCCAGCGUGUUUAUGAAGAGCUGCGCAGAGUCACAACACCAGACUGUGAUAUGCGUCGAAGAGUGGAUCGGUGUGUAGAGAUUUCCAACUUCAUCGUGUCCAAAGCUGCGAGUCGUCUGAGUGGGAAGACGCCAGAGGGAGAAGAACAAGAUUGGCCAGAUGCAAGCUCUCUUUGGAACUCAAGCACGAGUGAAUCUGGAACUUCCUCCUCUAUCUUAAAGGGCGCCUCAGAGCAUUCAAAGAUGUCUUCUGUGAAACAUCAAGAAGCUGCCGCCGACGCUGCUGCAAGCCAAGCUGUUCUGGAAGUGUUGCAAGAACAAGAAAGAGAACAAUUGGAAAUACAGCGCCUGGAAGCAGAGGUUAAAAGGAAGAGUGCUGCUCAAGAGGCCGCCGCUCUAAAGCGUCGUUUAGAGCAAGAAGCAGAAGAGGUGAAGAGAAGAAUAAGGAGAGAAGACGAGGACGCUGAAAUAAAAGCUGAACUGGAAGAAGAGCACACAGCUAUGCAAAGAACUCUUGAGGAAAGACGGAGAAGAAUACAGCAUUUGGAGGCCAUGAAGGAGCUCAGUGCAGCACAAGCAAGAAUGCAGGUGUACAACCAAGAACCAAAAGACAUCCUAGGCCAUGGGUUGGUUGCAGAUAACCAGCUGCGGAGCCCCACAAGACACCUGCCCCUGCCUGUGUUUCCUGCCCCUCAAGCUGUCACAACUUCCUCAAGUGAAAGCACAACAGAGCUUGUCAAGGUCCUUGCAGAUGCUUUUAGUGCCAACAGAAUCCCAGUUCCUGAACCUUCAGUAUUCAGUGGCAAUCCAUUAAAAUACAGUGACUGGAAGCUUUCUUUCCAAACUCUGAUAGACCAGAAGAAUAUUCAAGAGAAGGAGAAGAUAUACUACCUCCGUAGAUAUGUAAGUGGACAAGCCAAGAGUGCACUGGAUGGCUAUUUCCUACUUGGGACUGAAUCUGCCUAUGUGUCUGCAUGGGAGAUUUUGGAGGAAAGAUAUGGAAACCCAUUUACAGUUGCAAAGGCCUACAGAGACAAACUCCAAGCAUGGCCCAGGAUCGGCACUAAGGAGAGCUUCGAGCUCAGAGAGUUUGUUGAUUUUCUCAGAAGUUGCGAGGCUGCAAUGGUCCACAUCAAAGCAUUGGAGAUUCUAAACGACUGCAAUGAAAACAGAAAAAUACUGUUAAAGUUACCUGACUGGCUAACUGCAAGAUGGAAUCGGAACGUCAUAGAAGCUGAAGAGAAAAGCAGCAAGUUCCCCUCCUUUAGUCAGUUUGUCAAAUUUCUGAUAAGAGAAGUGAAAAUCGCUUGUAAUCCAGUUACAUCUUUGCAGUCACUGAAACAAGGUGAAAUUGAAAAGCCAAAACAACAAAGAUAUCAAAGUUUUAACGCAAAGACACUGACUACAAGCUCCAAUGAAGACAGUGUGAAAACCUGCACUUUCUGUAAGAAGACUGGGCACACUUUGCUCAAAUGCAGGAAGUUUGUGGAAAAAGCCGUCUCAGAUAGAGUAAAGUUUGUCCAAGCUGAAAGGCUGUGCUUCGGUUGCCUUAGGCCCGGUCACCUCUCAAAGAGUUGCAACAAAAGGAGUGUUUGCGACACAUGCAACAGGCGCCAUCCUACUUGUCUGCAUGAAGAGAGAGACACAGGCCUACAAAGAGCACCACAAGUCACACAAAGUCCAAGUCAAGACAGGUCAACUACAAGGCAGGAAUGGAGUAGGGAAAGGCCCCAAGCAACACAACGUGAAACAAUUGCAGUAGCUACUUCAAAUAGAGUAAUCCUUAAGGAAAAUAAUAAACAAACAUCUGCAAUAAUUCCUGUUUGGCUGUCAUCUGCAGCUCAACCAUCACAAGAAGUACUUACAUAUGCUCUUUUGGAUUCGCAAAGUGACACGACCUUUGUUCUCAGUGAAGUAGUUAAUGCUUUGGAGGCCGACAAAGAGCAAGUCAAGUUAAAACUCUCUACUAUGACUUCAAGAACAACACUAGUAAGUUCUCAGAGAGUAAACAACCUUCAAGUCCGUGGCUUUUACUCCAACAAGAAGGUCUAUUUACCACCAACCUACACACGCGACUUUAUUCCCGCCAACAGAACUCACAUUCCAACAGCUAAAACUGCUAAAGCUUGGUCCCAUCUAGAACACCUCCAAGAUAAUGUGGCACCUUUACAAGACUGUGAAGUAGGUCUGCUCAUUGGGUACAACUGCUCGCAAGCCUUACUCCCACGAGAAGUUGUGUCUGGCGAAGAAAAUGAACCCUAUGCACAGCGCACAGACCUUGGGUGGAGCAUUGUCGGCCCUGGGAAUGCCUGUGUAGAUUAUGGAGAUGCCAUCGGAAUCAGCCAUCGCAUAGUAGUGAGGCAAGUGACACCAGGAGUUAACCCCUCAGUCAGUCUGAAAACUGAAGUACACUAUGUGAAUAGAACCAAAGUCAAAGAAAUCAACCCCUCAGACAUCCUUAAGGUCCUUGAGUCAGACUUCUCAGAAAGAGCUGGAGAAGAGGAUCCUGUGUCUCAAGAUGAUCUCAAGUUCCUGUCAAAGAUAAGAGAAAACAUCACACAAAAAGAUGAUGGGCACUACGAAAUGCCAUUACCGUUCAAACAGGAAAGACCAAAACUACCGAACAACAAGAUAUGUGCAACACAUCGUCUUAAUUGUCUUCAAAGGAGGCUAAAGAAGAAUGAAACAUACUACAAGGAUUACGUGAACUUCAUGAACGACAUAAUUUCACGUGGCGAUGCAGAGAAAGUUCCUGAAGAGGAAAUUGACCACAGCCCGGCUUGGUACAUUCCACACCAUGGAGUUUAUCAUCCGCAAAAACCAGGGAAAAUCCAUGUGGUAUUUGACUGUUCUGCCAAAUUUCAAGAAACAUCUCUUAACGAUCAUCUACUCACCGGACCGGACCUGACAAACAUGUUAGUGGGUGUCCUGUGUAGAUUCCGAAAAGGCUCCAUCGCAGUGAUGUGUGACGUUGAAAGGAUGUUCCAUCAGUUUCAUGUGAAAAAGGAAGACCAGGAUUACUUACGAUUCCUAUGGUGGGAGUAUGGCAAUCUGGAAACCACACCCACAACCUACAGAAUGAAGGUCCACCUGUUUGGAGCGGCUUCGUCUCCCGGCUGUGCCAACUUUGGCUUGAAACAUCUGGCGGCACAAGGGCAGGGUCUGUACAGUGAAGACACGAUCCACUUCAUACAAAGAAACUUCUACGUAGAUGAUGGGCUGGCAAGUGUUCAUACUGAGAGGGAGGCCAUCCAGCUCGUCAAGGAAUCAAGAGAGCUUUGCGCCGCUGGCAAGCUAAGACUCCACAAGUUUGUCUCUAAUGACAAGAAUGUGAUGGCAUCCAUCCCAGAAGAAGAACGUGCUACAAUUAAAGAGCAAGACAUGGCCUUGAGCUUACCUCAUAUGGAGAGAGUGCUUGGAGUUGAAUGGUGCAUCACUUCUGAUUCAUUCAGAUUCAGAGUUCAAGUAAAGUCCAAUCCACUGACCAGAAGAGGUGUGCUCUCUACAGUAGCCUCGGUGUAUGAUCCAUUGGGAUUCAUGGCACCUUUUGUCCUUAUUGGGAAACAAAUUCUUCAACAAAUGUGCAGAGAAAAGAUUGGCUGGGAUGAUGAAAUUCCAGUAAACCUAAAGCCCCAGUGGGAGUCCUGGAUCAGAGACCAACCCAAUCUAGCUGAAAUGGAAAUCAAAAGAUGCUACUUACCUGCAAGUUUUGGCAACAUUAAGAGUCAUGAACUUCAUCAUUUUUCCGAUGCAAGCACCUCCGGAUAUGGUGAAUGUACUUACCUGCGAGUCAUCAAUGAGUCCAACGAUGUCCAUUGCUCUCUAUUAAUGGGAAAAUCAAGAGUCUCACCAACCAAAGUGACAACAAUACCAAGACUGGAGCUCAGUGCAGCAGUAGUUGCAGUCCGCACCAGUGACAUGCUCCGCAAUGAAUUGGAAAUCCAAGACCUGCAAGAAUACUUUUGGACGGACUCUACAGUCGUCCUCGGCUACAUAAACAACGAUGCAAGAAGAUUUCAAGUGUUUGUAGCCAACCGCAUACAAAGAAUCAAGUCAAGUACGAAGCCUGAACAAUGGUUCCACGUUGCAUCUGAGGAUAAUCCGGCCGACCAUGCGUCCCGAGGAUUGACUGCAGAGCAACUCAAGACCUCCAAUUGGUUCAGCGGACCGAAGUUUCUUUGGCAAAAGGACCUACCUGAUAGAGCUUGCAAGGUGGAAGAAGUUAAGGAAGAUGAUCCUGAGCUCCGCAAGGCUCUUGUGUUGAGUACUAAGGCAAGGGAGAACAGAUCACUUUUAGACCGCCUUGAGAAGUUUUCUGACUGGUCAAGGGUAGUGCAAGCAGUUGCCAGAUUGAAACGACGAGUUAAAGAACACAAAGCUGACAAGCAAAGAACCAAUGAAAGUACAAGCCUAGAAGAAAGGAAAGAAGCAGAAAUUGCUAUCAUUAAGUUAGUUCAAGAAGAAGCGUUUCCAGAUGAGAUAAAGAGCUUGGAAGUGAAGAAAUCAAUCUGUAAGACAAAGCACAGCAAGCUGUACAAGUUAAGUCCAUUUUUGGAUGAAGAAGGGAUCCUAAGAGUGGGAGGACGUUUGAGUCAAGCCACGUUACACCCACAUGUGAAGCAUCCAGCAAUACUUCCAAGAAACAGUCACAUAUCAGACUUAAUUAUUAAGCACUUCCAUGAAAGAGUUCAUCAUCAGGGACGUGGAAUGACUGUUAACGAACUGCGAGCUAAUGGAUUGUGGAUCCUGGGAUGCAGCAGUGCAGUGUCGUCACACAUCUUCAAAUGUGUCAAGUGUCGAAAGUACAGAAGAUGUACUGAAGAACAGAAAAUGGGUAACUUACCUGAAGAUAGAAUGGAAACAAGUCCUCCGUUCACCUACACUGGCAUCGACUGCUUUGGUCCAAUCCAUGUUAAAGACGGAAGAAAAGACAUUAAAAGGUAUGGACUUUUACUUACCUGUCUAUGUUCGAGAGCUAUACACAUAGAGAUGCUUGAUGACAUGACGACUGAUGCGUUCAUAAAUGCCUUAAGAGCAUUCAUUGCUAUAAGAGGAAAUGUUCGUCAACUUCGAAGUGACCAAGGAACCAAUUUCAUUGGUGCAAGAAGAGAGUUUGCAGAACUCAUGAAAGGAAUGGAUGAAGACAGAGUAAAGGCUCUAGGAUGUGAAUUUCUGAUGAAUCCUCCAGCGGCAAGUCAUAUGGGUGGCGUCUGGGAGAGGCAAAUUAGAACUAUAAGAAGUGUUCUCACUGCCAUUCUUGACCAGUCAGCACAAAGACUUGAUAGCUCAUCUCUCAGAACUUUUCUAUAUGAAGUGAUGGCGAUCAUUAAUAGCAGACCACUUACCGUUGAACACUUGAAUGACCCAUCCUCACCUGAACCUUUGACUCCAAAUCAUAUUCUUACAAUGAAGUCCACCAUCAUUCUUCCCCCACCUGGACAGUUUAUCAAGGAAGAUCUUUAUCUUCAAAAGAGGUGGCGUCGAGUUCAAUAUCUAGCCAAUGAGUUUUGGAUUCGAUGGAAAAAGGAAUAUCUUUUGAGUUUACAACCAAGACAAAAGUGGCAGAAGAACAGAAGAAACCUAAAAGUAAACGACAUUGUGCUUUUAAAGGAUGAUCAUGCCCCACGUAAUGAAUGGAAGCUGGCCAGAAUAACAGAAGUUUAUCCAGGGUCAGAUGAUAGGGUGAGAAAGGUCAUAUUGUUAGUUAGUGACACCACAUUUAAUGAAAAGGGUAAAUCCACUACUAAGACAGUUUUCUUGGAGAGACCUGUGCAUAAGUUGGUUACUCUGCUUGAAGCAGACCCAGUUUAAUAUGUCUAAUGUUUAUCUUCAUUCUAUGGAAGAAGUUUAAUGUUUAUCUUUGCAUUCCACACGUAAUGGUUAAUGACAGAUGUGUAAUGUUUUAAGGUCAAAGACUUUAACUGCAACAGUCAGUAUGUAUGAGGAAAUCUCAGAGUAAGGUUUUGUGAUUUGGUGGGAGUGUAACUGUUGCCACUAUAUUAAUGUAAUAUGUUAUAAAGGUUUCUAAUGUUUAUUUUGUAUUUGUAUAUAUCAUUGUUGUAAUUAGAGAUAAGACUUUUAUUUUGAAGCCUCCACUGAGCUGCAUGUUUGAGAAGAACCUUCUAGAAGAAACACGGAGAAGUAACACGAGGAAGACACACGGAGAAGCAGGCAGAUGCAGUUACGCGCAUGUCUAAGAGUUUAAGUAAGAAAAGAUAAGAAGAUUCCUUUUCAAGAGCAUGCAGCCAACGAGGUAUUUUGUUUGUUAUUUAUUUUAACUUUAACUGUAAUAAUUGAUACUGUGUUUGCUAGUUAGCUAACGCUGUAUGUUGUGUCUUUUGUUGCCGUGUGU